AUGACAAAGACAGGUCAAACUGACUCAUACUGGGUGGGCGUCCUGUACCAGUAUGCCCAGGGGAAGUACAAAUUCUCCACAGGCAAGAAGCCAGGGUCCAGGAGAUGGAAGGCUGUCAUGCAGCGCAUUGACGCCUGUCCUUUGACGCCAUUAUACAAUCAGUCCGUCAGAAAAUUUGACAUCUUCGGGAAAAGGAUUGAAUGUAAAUGUGGGUAUCAUAAGUAUGGGGUGUCCCAUACAACCCAGCACUGGAGCCCAGAGCUCAAACCCCAGUGUGCUGAGAACACAGUUGGCUGUGUUGUGGGAGGAUCAGACAGACAGGUGCACACUCCCUACCAGCACAGGCAGGGACAGGUCAAUGGGGUUCCUGCACAGGUACAGGAGAAUCUAGGGGAGUGGCCUGGGCCUCCACAGGAGGCAAGAAUGACAGAGGGGAGGGGCUAUGAGGACAGACUGAGCAUGUCCACAGAGGAGCUCCAGAGGGGAAACGUGUCCCUAGUUUUAAGAAACUUCCGCUACUCAGACAGAGGAGUGUACAGGUGUCAGGUGAUCCAUGGACAGCACAAAAUGGAGGAGAGCCUACGAUUAUAUGUUAAAGGCGGCAAAGGGCUGGAUGUGUCCGGAGAAGACAGGGGGAAAAUGGAAGCAUCUGCUCAGUGUCUUGUUAUGAAGGGAGCGACUGCGCAAGACAACACUAAGAAGCUGCUUGAUGAGAAAUGUCGAGAAUUAGAGAGCACAGCAAAGCAACUGCACGAAAAGACGGAGCGCUUGCGGGAGAAAGACCGAGAGUUGGAAAAGAUGACAAAACAGGCUGACGAGAGGGAAAAAGAACUGAAGAAUAAGGUUACUGAAGUGGAAACCACUAAGAGGAAACUGGAGACCGCGCUGAGGGAACUGCAGGAAAAGAACAGCCAGCUGCAGAACCUGAGGAAUGUUCUGGAAGAAAAAGACACAGAACUAGACGAGAGAAACAAGCAAAUUGAGACAAAUGAUGAUGAAAACUCAACAGACAAUGACAAAGUAUUCCCUAUAAUCUUCCUACCCACCAGUUCAGCCCAGUUUAGUUGUCACCAACUCCUGUGCAUCUUGUUUAACCACUGCUUGCGCAAUCCCCAGUGCCAGCCAAUGAGGGCGGCUGACUACCAUGUCUCUACUAGGAUACAAGUGGUGUCGGUGAACACCUCUUUCCAGCAGUUCACAGAGAUCCAUGCAUACUUCUCAGAUCUGGAGAUCAGCUCCCCCUACCAGCUUCCCACCCACAAGCACUCUGCAGUGGUGGGCAGGCAUUUUUCCCACUUUACAGAGUCUAAGCUGAGGCUGGUGCUACUGGGGCUGAGUGAGACAGUGAAGUGGGCAGCAGGAAACACCAUCCUGGGCAGAGAGGAGUUUGGGAUCCAGGCUGCUACAUCCACAGAGACCCAGCACAGUGAGAGCAGACAGGGGAAGGUGGCUGGGAGACAGCUGGUAGUGGUGGACACUCCUGACUGGCUGAGUCCUGGACUCUCUCAGGAGGAGAUGAGGAAGGACGUGGGGCUCUGUGUCCGUCUGUCUGCACCAGGACCCCACACCUUCCUCCUGGUCUGUCCACUGGAACCAUCUGAGGGAGAGGACAGCAGGCUUCUGGAGAGAAUGGAGGACAUUUUUGGAGAGUCCUUUUGGGGGCACACUAUGAUCCUGUUCAUCAAUGCUGAAGGAAUAGUUGGGAAGAAUCUGGAAGAGUCGCUAAAGGCAAGAAGUCAAGCACUUCAACAGCUAUUAGACAAAUCCAGGAACAGAUGUCACCUUCUAAACAUCAAUGACAUGGCAAAAGGCACUGAGGUCAGAAAACUGCUGGAGAAGAUUGAGGAGAUGGUGUCAAAAAACAGAGAGAAAUACUACAGCAGUGAAACUUACCAAAAAGCAGAGAACCACCUGAAAGAGAUAGAGAGAAAGAUUCAGAAGGAGAGAGAGGAGAGGAGAGAGAGAAAGGAGAGAGAAAUUAGGGAGAAUCUGGAAAGGGAGUUGCAGGACUCGCUAAAGCAGAUGGAAGGAGAGCUUCAGGAAAAAGAGGAGAAGAUCGUUGUCUUAGAGAAAAGGAUAAAUAAUUUGGAAAUAGAGCUAGAGAAUGAAAGGAAUGAGGAGAGAAGGAAAGAACUGGAGAUGAAACUGAAAGAGGAGUCAGAGUACAGGAAAGAAAUAGAGAAAGAGCAAGAGAGGCUGAAAGAGGAGAUGGAGAGAGAGAAAAGAGAAAAAGAGGAGAAACACAGAAGAGAGUUGGAGGAGAUCAGAGAAAACUAUGAGAUGGAGGCCAAGGCUGAAGCUGAGAGAAACCUCAUGAAAAUCAUCCUCCCUGAACUACACAGCAGCCUCAGUAUCUCAGCCACAAAGAUGAGGAAUGAAUUUAACAGACAGCUGGAGCAGAGAGAUGGAGAGAUAAAAAGA